GAAGAAGAGAUAGUUGAUAGCCUAAGGAGGUGCAAUUAGAAUUUACAAUUUAAAAGGAAUGAAUUCGAUUAAAAAGGUACAUUAUUUGAGUUUGCGUUUUAAAAAAUGUUCCCGAUUUGACCUGAAAAGAUAUUUAAACACCAGUUGUGAACAAAACCAGAGAAGGCAAUGCGAUCUCUUUACGCAGGAACAAAACCGGCAGAAGGAAGCGGUGGGGCGUAUAGAGAAAAUAGAAGUGUCUUAUGAGGGUCAGCCAGAGAAUAGCAUUCUGAUUAUGAAUAAGAACGUUUCCACGCCCCAUGAUUGUGCUAAGCAUAUUGGAGACAAAAUCGUUGAAAGGUCAGUUGUCGCUUUGGUUGAUAAAAAAACUUUGUGGCACAUGCAUAAACCUAUACCAGAGUCAUGUACUUUAGAGCUUCUGCAUUACCACAUGCCAAAUCCAAGUGCUGUCAACAAAAUCUUUUGGAGAACAUGCAGUUUUCUUUUGGGGGCUGUAGCAAGCGACUCAUUCAAAUCUGGUAUCGAAUUUCAUUUGCACAGCUUCCCCAGUCCAAGUGUUAGAUCCGGUAGUUUCAUAUACGACAUUCAGUUGGGGCUCACUGAUUGGAAACCAUCACAAUCAGAACUAAAAGUGCUUUCAAUAGAUUUCAUCAAGUUUUGCCAGAACAACUACCCAAUUGAAUAUUUGGAUGUCUCCAAAGAGUUCGCUUUAGAAAUGUUCCAAAUUAAUCCCCACAAAUCUCAACAGAUUCCCAACAUUGCGGCUCAUAAUGGAGAUAAAGUUACACUCUUCAGAGCAGGUCCUCACAUUGACAUUUCUCGAGGCCCUAUGUUGCCCAAUACUGGGCAUCUUGGUCGAAUUACUGUCACAAAUGUGAUUAAAUUGGAUACAGAUAUUCCAGGAAGCCCCAUUUAUAGAUUUCAGGGUGUAGCUUUACCGAAAGCUAUUAUUUUAAACCAUUUUGCCUAUGGGUUGAUUGAAAAUCGAGGCAGGACUCUAAAUUCUGGAAGGAUACCCAGCUCACAAGAUGUGUUGACAGAAGAAAAUAGUUUUGUAGCACAUGUAGCUCAAUAAAAUUAUUGAAACUU